CUCAGGGGCUCCUUGAGGCCUGGACAUGAGGGAGCCCCUGCAGGAGCAGUUCCUGUCGGAGGAGAAUAUGGCCACCUACUUCUCUCAGCUCAGCCUGCAUAAUGACCAACCUUACUGCAGUGCCCCCUUCCUCCCAGCAGCUCUGCCACUCAAAAGCCCUUGCUCUGAGCUGCUUCUCUGGUACUACCCUGGAAACCUGAUCCCUGAGGCCCUUCAGCUGCUGAGACUAGGGAUUACCCCUGCCUCCCAUUACCCUACAGCUGAGGAAAUAAUGGAGCUCUGA